AUGAGUUUGAAACGAAUUUUUCUAUUACUGCUAUAUGGUUGUAUUGUAAAAGCAGUUACACAAGAUAUUCGAUCAGUUCGUAUGUUUAAAAUGACGGGAUGGCAAUUAUCGUGUGCUAAUACAACAUGUUUACCAUUUGCUACGACGACCGUACUGAAUAUUCGGAUAUGUCAGACAGCUUGUUUAAAUCAAGCUAAAUGCAAAACAGCCACUUUUCAUCAAUCCUCUUCUACUUGUGACUUAUUUUCCAAUAUACCGAGUUUAAACGGAAGUUUGGUGGCUGAUAUGAGUUCUGUUACUAUGCUUGUCAUGGCUGGAACAAGAAUUCCACCAGGUUAG